AUGCAGAACUCUCCUACCGAAUCAUCGAGCUCGUCAAGCCCAUCAAGCCUAUCGGGUACUAGCAUACCUGCCAGUGCAUUAUCAGAUACGAGUAACUCCUCACCAAGUUCAGUGCAGAAUGUGACUCGGUUCUCAGAAAAUGAUAUAAUGGGGAUAAAAUUUGAGAUAACUCUAGAACCGGUCGGCAUGGGUGUCUCUGGCGUUGUAUGUUCCGCGAUAGACGUCUUUACGCCAAAAACCGUGGCACUUAAAAAGCUGGCGAGCCCAUUCGAGUCCUCCGUUGUUGCAAAGCAUAUGUUUCGCGAAGUCAAGUUACUGAAGCAUCUUCAACAUUCCAAUGUUGAUGGAAAUCUGAUCACAUGGAUUCUAACCCUCGAUUGUAGUAAUCCAUCUCAAAGACAUUUUCAUCUCACCAUCGGAAGAUCUGUAAGGAUGGGUUAUCUUGUGACAGACUUCCUACCAGUCGACCUUUAUACACUCAUAAAAACCAAAAUUCUGGAAGACCAAUUCACUCAAUACUUCAUUUAUCAAAUAAAGGGCAAAUCGCACCUCACAAUUCUCCAGCGAGGUUUGAAAUAUGUGCACUCAGCAGGUGUUAUUCACCGCGACUUGAAGCCAGAGAACAUCCUUGUCAAUGAGAACUGCGAUCUUCGAAUCUGCGAUUUUGGAAUGGCUCGCACCCAAAAAGCAGAAAUGACCGGCUACAUGGUGGCAAGGUUUUACCGAGCGCCUGAGAUAAUGCUGACCUGGCGUCAAUAUGAUGAAAAAGUCGACAUUUGGAGUGCCGCCUGUAUCUUUGCCGAAACGAUGAUUGUGAGUCCACCUCUCCCUGGCAAGAACCAUAUCGAUCAAUUCGACGUGAUUACACGAGUAUUGGGCACACCACCAGGUGGAGUGAUCUCUCAGAUAACAGCUGAGGAUUAUGACCCCAAGCUGCGACCUUCGGCGGUCGAGACACUUAAAUCUUCCUAUCUUUUGCCAUAUCAUGCUCCUGCCGAUGAGCCAAAAGCACCCGACGAGUUUGAUUGGUCUUUUCUGGAGGCUGAUUACUCUACUGAUCUUUGGAAAUCCCUUAUGUACUCGGAGGUUCUACACUUUUACCGGGGAAAUAUCGGGAGUGAUGGAGGUAAUGCAGUUUCAUCCAAUGCCGGAAGCUAUGCAUUUGAAUAA